GGAAGCAGACGCAGAGCUGCGAUGGAGAGAGAGAAGAGGAUGGAGGAGAGAAAAUGGCAAUGACAGUUUGUAGGGCAGGCAUUUUGCUGAGAGGUGGGGAAGGAAAGUGAAGGAACAGGAGGAUAGAAAAAGAAAGAGAAGAAGAGCAAAAGAAGGUGAAAAUAAACAGAAGGGAAAAGGGAGGUGGAAAAGUAAAGAAGAGAGGAUAAAGGGAAGGAGUUAAAGGGAAUAGAGAGAAACAACAAGCAACAAUAGGUUUACGGGUCACGAUGACAACAGAAGCGGGCUCUGAGACAGAGGUGAAGGAGAAAGCGGAAGAGUCAGCCGCACAGCCAGAUGAAACGGAUAAGGCAAAGGAAGAUGGUAAGGAAGCAGUGAACGCGGCAGAAGAAGAUAAGGAAAAAGAGGACAAGGAGAAGGAGAAGGAGAAGGUGAAAGAGGGGAAGGAGGGAAAAGGAAUUUCUCGAUAUCUGCCAACAUGGCUUAAGAAGCAGAAAUCUCAGAGCCAGACCUCCCCGACCAAGGAGGCCCCGCCCACAGAAGAAGCUGUAAACAAGGCGACGCAAGAAGAGGAGGGGCCGGCCCCUGAAGUGAAUGGUCACGCAGAGGAAGUGGAAGAGAAAGAGGCUGUAAAGUCAGAGCAAGUGAAGGAAAAAGAAGCAGAAUCUCAUUCCAACGCCAGUGCAGACACUGAGCCUGCAAAGGAAGAAAAGGUGGAGGAGAGCACUGAGAAGGGGCCUGAAGAGACCAAGGACACAGCAGCAGCAGCAGAGGGGGAAGGAGCAGAGGAGCAGAAAAAGGAGCAGGAAGGACAGGCAAACGGUGAAGAGGAGGGAGAGGGAGGAGGAGGAGAAGGCCAGACCUCCAUUUUCCAGUCUCCUCUUCGCCUGGUGAGGAGGAACAAGAUGAAGCUGGUGGUGUGCCACGUGAACCUACUGGAUGGCACUGACUUCUCCUGUGAGGUGGAGAAACGUGCAAAGGGCCAGUUCUUGUUCUUUAAGGUGUGUGAGCAUCUGAACCUUCUGGAAAAAGACUACUUUGGUCUGACAUACAUAGACAACCAUGAACAGAAGUGCUGGUUGGAUCCCACCAAGGAAAUCAAGAGACAGAUACGCAGUAACAACUGGCAGUUUGCAUUCAAUGUCAAGUUCUACCCUCCUGACCCCUCACUGCUCACUGAAGACAUCACCAGAUACCUGUUGUGUCUGCAGCUGCGUGAAGAUGUGGCAACAGGUCGGCUGCCUUGCUCAUUUGUCACCCACGCUCUGCUGGGGUCCUACACACUGCAGGCAGAAUUUGGUGACUACGAACCGGACCAGCCUCGACCUCUGGACUACAUCAGCCAGCGGACCUUUGCACCCAAUCAGAACAAAGAGAUGGAGGAGAAGAUUCUUGAACUCCACAAGUCUCACAGGGGGAUGACACCAGCGCAGGCCGACACCCAGUUUCUAGAAAAUGCCAAGAAAUUGUCCAUGUACGGAGUGGACCUGCAUCAUGCUAAGGAUUCUGAGGGUGUGGACAUCAUGCUAGGUGUGUGUGCCAAUGGGCUUCUGGUUUACAAAGACAGACUGCGGAUAAAUCGCUUUGCCUGGCCUAAAAUACUCAAGAUUUCAUACAAGAGGAACAACUUUUACAUCAAGAUCAGACCAGGAGAGACAGAGCAGUUUGAGAGCACGGUGGGCUUCAAACUCCAGAACCAUCGAUCUGCCAAAAGGCUGUGGAAAGUCUGUGUGGAGAACCACAGUUUCUUCAGGUUAAAUGCACCAGAAGCUCCCACCAAGGCCCGCUUCCUGACUCUGGGCUCCAAGUUCCGUUACAGUGGGCGAACUCAAGCCCAGACCCGCGUGGCCAGCUCCCUCAUAGACCGACCUGCACCCAGCUUUGAACGCACCUCAUCCAAACGCAUCAGCCGCAGUCUGGAUGGAGCACCUAUGAUUAGCAUAACAGAAGCUGGCAGGGACACAGCCGAGAAUGGACGUGAUCCCCACCUGGAGCUCCACUCUGACAACAAGGUCAAGGAGGUCGACUUAAGCCCUGUUGAUGCAGAUGCAGCGCCCACCCAGCAGUCACCUGGAGCCAGUGAGCUCGCCCCCUCUCAGAGUCCAAUGAGAGUGCAUGGGGACAAUAUUUAUGUGAGGCACAGUAAUUUAAUGUUGGAGGACCAUGAUAAGACCCAAGAGGAGGUCCUGAAACACCAAGCUAGCAUUAGCCAGCUAAAACGCUCCUUUAUGGAGGCGCCACCUCCCUCUCCUCCUCAGCCCAACCAGUGGGAGAAACGUCUCACCUCCUCCCCCGCUACAACGAUACGUAUUCAGCAGCAACAAGUGGUGAGUGUGCCCAAAACGGAAGCAGCAGCCGCCGCUGAUAACUCGAUCUCUGAUACCAAAGAACCUGCAAAGACAACCGAAGUCGAAAUCGAAGAAACCGUUGUCGUCCAAGAGGUUUCCAAAGCCCCCAAACCAGGAUUUGUUACUGUUACCAUCAGCUCCCCUGAAACUAAAGAGGAGGAGUUGAAAUCCGAAGAGGAGGCAGCUGCUGUUUUAGCAGAGGGAGCAAAAGCAGCGGUGAAGCAAGAGAGCAUUUCAUCUGAGAGCGAGAGUGAAGAAGAAGCAGAGUACCACCCAAAUGUGUCCGUGUCUUUCUCUAAUACACGAAUACCUGAAGAGAGGGAGGAGGAGGAGGAAGAGCAGGAGAAGAAAGAGGAGGACACGUCAGCUCCAGACGCUCCUUCUCUGCCAACAGAAGUCAGUAAACCUGAAGAGUCAACCAUCAAAGAGGUAGAGGAGCCCAAAGAAGAAGAUGAAGAGAAGAAGAAGGAGGAGAAAGAGAGUGAGAAGGAGACAGAGACGAGCACUGACGACCCAAUGAUGACGCCUGAAGAAGCCCCUAACGGUCUCGCCCUGCCUGAGGAGAACAUUAGCGCAACUGUGGCUCCUACAACAGCAGCAGCAGUAGAAAAAGAAGAGCCGCAAAUGAACGGGGAAGCCUCUCUGGUUGAAGCAGAAGCUCGGCCGCAGGUUAUUUGUUGCUCUGAGCCACCCGUGGUAAAGACAGAAAUGGUGACUAUAUCAGACACGUUUGCAGCCCAGAAAACUGAGAUAGCUACAAAAGAAGUGCCCAUCGUACAUACGGAAACCAAGACCAUCACAUACGAGGCUGCACAGCUGGAUGGGAAUGGUGACGGCGAGCCAGGAGUGUUGAUGACUGCUCAGACAAUCACCUCUGAAUCUCUCUGUACAACUACAACCACACACAUUACCAAGACGUUAAAGGGCGGCCUAUCAGAGACGAGGAUUGAGAAACGCAUCGUCAUUACAGGCGACUGUGACAUCGACCAUGACCAGGCACUGGCCCAGGCCAUUAAGGAGGCCAAAGAGCAACAUCCUGACAUGUCUGUCACCAGAGUGGUGGUUCAUAAAGAAACUGAGCUGGCUGAGGAGGAGGAUUGACAGAACGCAGAGCUGAAGAGCCCAUCAUGACUGUUUUCUCUGUUGAUGUCAAACGACCUUCAUCACCCUACGACAACCCACCAUGACUGACCAAGGAGAAGAAGAAAAGCUGGAAAACAGGAGCAGGAGUUGUAACAAAAGAGGGAAGAUGUUGAUAUCUUCCCGGUCGGUCUUUCUUACACAUCUUUGAUGCAUCUAAACCCCCCUCACUCCAAAAAAAAAAAAAAAAAAAGAAAGAAAGAUAAUAUCCUCACUCUUUCUGAGGCAAAGAAACUAGAACCACUUUGUUAGUUUAACAUUUGUAGUGUGUUUUUAUUUUUUUUAAUAGUGCUUUUUUUUCCUUAACUGUCUUACAAAAAGAAAGCAGAUAGUGUGCCGGUCGUGUAAUGCAAGAGAUAAACGCUGUAGGGAUGCACUGAUAACCAAUCAUGAUGCAAUACAUGGCUAAAUUCAUAAUUUGUCAUUUUUUUAUCUCAAGUUUUUCCACGUAUACCUGUGACUUUAAAGAGGCUUUAAAAAGUGUCAGAAGCAAUUCAAAUGAGCGUCAGGUUUUUACUUGGAGUCUGUAUCAGCAGUGAAAGAUGGUAUUGGUGCAUUCCUGACAAAAACUUAUUAAAUUACAGCUCCUACUUCAAUGAUCAUGGUGCAUAUGAAAGUUUUAUGAGAAAACUCAGUAAUUUCAUUUUUUUACAGUGUAGUGAAAAAGUGGCUCAUUCAGAUGAAGCAUGGUCUUAUGAAUGAUAGAACCAAGUGUUUUAUUAAAGAAUUCAGGAUUUGGGGAGCUGUAAUUUAAAAAUGGCAGUAAAAAAACACAAUGAAGCAGGUUUAUGAAUUUUUAUGAUUCUGUGUUUUAUUUUCUGUGUAUGUAUAGUUAUUCAGCCACAUUCCUCGUGUGUUUACUCACCACUUAGUCAGCUCAUGUUCAGUUCAUCUCACUUUUUACUCCACUAUAAGACAAAAAAGGCAUUUUAUCAUUUAGACAGGAGAUUGGAAUAAACCGGAUUUUAUUUGGGUUGUUGGGUUUGACUUAAAUAAAGCUUGAGAAGCCAAAUAAUGCAGCUGGGAUUAUUUUCUAUUUGAUACUGUACUUCAAUUGAGCUGAAGAUGAGCUAACUUAAAGCUGGUGUCUAUGACUUUGUGUACAGUUCAAAUGAAGGUUUUUAGAUGGGAGCAGUUAUGCAGCUUUUUCAUUAGUGGAACGCUCUCCCUGGGCCCGCCCACUGUACGACAUUAGCCAUUCCUAUUGGGCCACAGGGGAGCAAGGGAGCAGAUUUUAGAUUGGGAGAGAGGACCAGUAACUGAAACUAAAUUGGGAGAUAGAGGAGGCUUUGUACAGUACAAGCUUACAAACUGGGAGUGAUAGAAGAAAUCUGGGUAACGAUGCAUGUGCCAGUCAUGUGACUUUGCAUCUUGAGGUGAGCUAAUAAGGCAGUUUUUUUUGUUUAAUCUUUAAUCCUGAAUUUGUAAAGUUUUGCGCUCAAACAAGCACAGGUACCAAAAUGACUUGAAACCAGUUCAGAAUUUUCUCCAUCAGAGCCUGCUUGUCUUCAGUUCAGCACUUAAUUUCACUCCCAGCUUCAAUGUUUCAUACAGGACUAGAUAACGGCAACACAACCUGCUCAAAACAACAAGAUCUGGGAUUCAAUUCAGCAUGUCUUCACAUGGUUUAAUCUUAAGAGUGAGUCUAGAUAGAAGGCUAUUGUGAUGAUUGGUUUGAGAGUGUGUAGAAAACAGAUUAUUCUGAACGUCAGGAUAUAAUUCUUUGACUCGAUGCUGGCGGCUCUGCGACUGUUACAACCAAAUAUUCUUCAGCGUUAAAGCUCCUGUGAAGAGUUUGUAUUGUGUUGUGAAGCAGACUGAAAUGACUAGCGAUGCCUCUAUUUGAGCUAUGCUGUUUUCAAUGCCUGUAACCAUGGCCAUGGGCUUGAUAUCAGCAUACAUACUUAGAUUUUUCAAAUAUUCACAGGUAGAUACAUGUAACUGUUCAAAGAAAGCAGGUUGAGAUUUUUUUUGUCAUGUAAGGGCACAUUCACACUAGGCCCAUUUAACCUUAUCAUCCUGAAACAUUUGUCCCAAGCUGGAAAGCACUCGCAUUGUUUCAGGCCCAAUUAGACAUGAUUGCGCAUAAUACAACGUAUGUGUGGCUUUGUUUACAAGAAGAAUGAUCUCAGAGCUAUCACAGUGGAGAGCUACAGAGAACAUGACAGCAACUUUACUCACUUUCUAACUUAUUUUGAGUCAUUUUGGUCACAAACACUCCUUGAUUUCUGUAUUUUGCAUGGCAGUGCAUCAAUUUGCUCAGAUUAUGUCAUAUCUAUGUUGCGUACACAUGCUUGUGCUGCCGCACUGUGCCGAAGUCCACCUCUUUGAACUGCCAAGGAAGUGUACCGUUCUUAAGCACUUACACUAGUGAGACAAACUCAAAUUUGGGUUGAAACAUGCUUACCUACCAGAUUACCUAGAGUGAGUGGCUCCUGACAGCCGAUAGAAGACAUGGAAAACUCACUAAAGAGGUAAAACACACCAUUUUGUCCACAGGGGUCACAAAUAUCAACCCAAACACAAAGCUCUUCACAGGAGCUUUAGUAUGGAAAUCCUUUAAAGUUACAAAAUCACAUUCAGGUGAAUUCAGUGUGAUUCAACCACACAAGAAAAAUCUCUUAGUCUGCUGGUACACUACAAACACAUGGAAACUUCUACAGCAGAACUGUAAAAUGCAGCUUAAAGGGAAAUGAUCGGAGGGUUUGAAGUGCUUUUGAAACCCCCAAAUGAAUUCUUUACAUGUUUCAUUCAUUUUCUGUCUGUGUCCCUUCCAUUCAGAGCUCAGCAGAAGAUAUCUACAGUACUGCAGCUCUAUGUAAAUAACGGUGGAUUCAGUCAGAGGGAAGGUGCUUGAUCUGAAGCAUUUACAUGACACAAUCAGAAACGUGUUUCUUGAAAUUUAACUGAUUGUAAGCAAAGAGUGCCACAGAUGAUUCUAAAAACAUUCCGCUUUUACCUUCCUAGAUUAGUCUGAUCCACGACAUUUUGAAUUGGAGUCAACAGAAUAUUUAAUCUUUUUUUUCUACUGAAGAUGGAGUGGUAAUGACAGUCUUGGCUUUCAUUGGGAAACACUGGUCUGACCUCUACUAUGCAGUGAAAUGACAUUCCAGGUGAGGGGGAUGCUUUAAUUUCUGACCCUCUUGCAAAGAAAUGAAUCAUCAGAAAAAUGUUUAAAAACUAUCUCUAGGCAGCUUUGGAAGCUUUCGCUCCUAAAAAAAUAAAAUCUGUAGCCGUAUUUGUAGAUUUUCUCACAAGUAUGUCGUCUUUCUCUGUGAAGCUGGUCUUAGUUGUCAAAAGGUGGGACUUACUGUGCGCUCUCUUGAAUAUUUGUAAUGUCGUCACCACUACGAAUAAUUUCCACCACUGAUUUUUUUUUUUUGUACAAUUAGCCCUGAGUUUAGCCUCUCUUCAGGGGUUUGGGCUCUGUUUUUAACCCAUGACAGGAGCUUUGGGGCAGUGAGGCUGAGGUUUUCCAAAAUGUAGACUGAAAAAAUACUCUCAGAAAUUAAUGUUUUUCCAUCAGUAAUUUUAAUAGAAUAAAAAAAACAACACAGAAUUUAAAAAGUGUCAUUACAGACAACCUAUGAUGAUUCAACGCCAGCUGUCUUUCAAACUGUCAGGGAUUUCAGCAUGGAGACGUUACAUAGGGAAAUAAUAAACUACACUGCCAAUAUAUUGGAUUUUCAUCCAUACAGUAACAUCUCUACAAGAGGCUUCAACAAUGAUUGGACUACACUCUCAGGCUAUGUUACAGUUAGUCUGUUGGUUAAAACCAGCACAAUUUUGUAACACUUUAUAAAGAAACACAUUUUGGAAACCCACCUGCAGCUGCCUCAUUGUUCCCCUUUUAGCCAACCAAUGAUCACUGUAUGUUUUUUCUAUCUAGCAGCUUGAUUGUCUUGUGUCUCCCAACACGCAGUCACACCUCCCCCUGUGUAACACUGUUUAAAUAAAGGAUUGUUAUACUCUGAAA